GUCUCUCAACACCAUCAAUUCAAUAUCAUCAAUCUUCAGACGAGUUCCACCGAAAGGUCAAAGACUCUCGCAUCGAUAAACGCAUACGCAAGCGUCCUCGAAAUUCUCUUGACAUUCUUGCAGCCAUGGCCACCUCAAUCUUCUCUCGCAAACGCGAUCUGGCUUAUCUCAUCCACUUCAGCAUCUCGCUGCCUCUAAUGUUUCUCGUCGACAUGCAAGCUUUGUACCCAGUCUCCAUCGUCCCUGGCUUCAUGAAAGCCCUGAAAUUCUACCUCAUAAAUACGCAUCACGACCAAUUCUUCAUCCAUACGCCUCCGUUUUUCCGAGCUUUCAUUUGGAGUGAGGUAUUCUACCAGGCGCCUCUGAUGAUUUGGUCAUUGGGUGCUCUCCGACGCGGCUCGCCCAAACUCCCAAUCGUGCUCCUUCCAUAUGCCUCAGUGAUCUUUAUCACGACAGCCACGUGCAUGUUCGAGUACUCGUUCUGGGACAUCCCACUUCAGCAUAAGAUUGACCUGACUACUCUCUAUGGUCCAUACCUCGCGUUGUCGGCGUUCAUGUUUGUCGAUAUGUCAAUCCGCCUGAACAACAUCGUCAACAAAGCAUCCUCCACUUCGGCUAACACAAGCUCGAAGAAGUUGCAGUAAAGCUACCUUUAAUCCUCUGGACUAUGAUGGGGAAGUCAUUACAUAUCUAUAAUUUGGCUUUCGGUUCUUCGUGGAUUUCGUGGGGCUUUCUGUGGGCCUUUGGCCUCCAGGGAGCUGCUUAUGAGUUCUACUGCAACUGAUUUGUCUAUGUUUGGAUCUUCAGGACUCAUGCUAGCUUGACUGGAACGAUCUACAGCAAGGAAUUGUACAUGAGCUGGUAUUUUCUUAGCGCAGCAGUGUCAGUAUCAAUACCAGUGUCUCAGAAUGAAAUCAUGGAUUAUGGAGGCCUGGGUUUGGAAAGCAAUCCGGCUUUUCUUGCCUUCAGUUUAUAUUAUGCUAGUAUCAAUUAGGGGUAGAGAACUUGAAAAUGAGAUGUGCCUUUUCUUUUAUUGUUUCGUUCCGUCGAUUUAUUCUCUUUUUCGAUUUUCCUCGUCCAAGGGGUAUUUGGACUUGGAUGUCCCAAAUUUCCUGAGCCGAGACGCUUCUGGGCUAUUAAGAUGGAGGUUUCUGUUUGCUAAUUGGGCAAUAGUGGGGGUGAGACCUUUUUUUGCUUGUUGCUUUAGGGGAGUUGAGGCUUGGAUGUCCAAGUGUUUGGGGUGAAGGGGUGUUUUGAAAAGGACUGUGUUGAAACCGGAACUGUAUUCAAUCUGCUGCCAGCCAGAUCCGGUAAUCACUGCAAGUCUAGUCCUGAUCAUUUAUCUGGCAAGGUGGUAUCUCUGAUAGAAGGGACAGGUUUAUUUUGUGGUGUUGGAUGGUUCUGGGGGCAAUGACACAAUCUGUUGAUGUUGGCAGUUCGGAAGGUUUUGACAUCUCUGUGGAUUCUGAGGGUUCUGAGGGAUCUGAAAGAUUCGACGGUGCUGACGGUUCUGAAGGAUUUGACAGUUCUGAGGGCUUCGAUGAUUCUGAGGCUUUUGAGGGGUUUGGCGUUUCUGGGGAUUAUAACGCCUUUGUAGAACAUCCCAGAGUCCUCUCACUCGACGACGCCACUCACCAUUACGGCUCAUCUCUGGUUCUAGAAGACGAGCCUGAAAGAUUCUCAAGUUCCAUCGUUUGAAGGUCAGUGCAUAUAGAGGAGCCAAGCAC